AUGGGUAAAAAGGCGAGGUACACAGUUGCAAUAUUUUUAUGUAUAUUUACAGUUUUUAGGAAUGUAGAUUGUGAUGCACCCUUAGUCGAUUCCGCAGCAUUACCAUUGGAGCAUAGAUCCGUGUACGGACCUCCUGUGCCAUCUCCUGUUUACGGAACGCCCGGAGGCCCCGGACCUGGAGGCGGUAACAGCAUUAGCGGCGGCGGCGACGAUCCCUGGCCACUUGCCGCAACUGCCGACAAUCCCCAAAUUAAGCAUUUGCAAGUGCAGUGCGAAAAAACGCACAUGCGAGUCAACAUUGAGUUUGAUCGCCCCUUUUACGGCAUGAUUUUCUCCAAAGGAUUCUACAGCGAUUCACAUUGCGUGCAUUUGAAACCGGGCACGGGACACUUGAGUGCAACUUUUGAGAUUUUCUUGAAUAGCUGCGGCAUGAGCAGCUCCGCAAACCACAAUGCAAACGGUUAUGGUUCACCAACGCCCAGCGGAAGUUAUGUCGAGAACACAAUUAUCAUACAGUACGAUCCGUAUGUUCAAGAAGUUUGGGAUCAAGCACGCAAGCUUCGUUGCACUUGGUAUGAUUUUUAUGAGAAAGCUGUCACAUUCCGUCCCUUCCAAGUCGAUAUGUUGCAUGCCGUAACAGCUAAUUUCCUCGGCGACAAUCUCCAAUGUUGGAUGCAAAUUCAAGUCGGCAAAGGACCAUGGGCUUCUGAGGUUUCAGGCAUCGUCAAAAUCGGACAAACGAUGACAAUGGUCUUGGCAAUCAAGGAUGACGAAAAUAAAUUUGACAUGUUGGUUCGUAAUUGUGUCGCUCACGAUGGCAAACGGGCUCCCAUUCAACUCGUCGAUCAACACGGAUGCGUCGUUCGUCCCAAAAUCAUGAGCAAAUUCCAAAAAAUCAAGAAUUUCGGCCCGUCAGCGAGUGUUGUCUCCUUCGCGUAUUUCCAAGCCUUCAAAUUCCCGGAUUCGAUGAAUGUGCACUUCCAAUGCGUCAUUCAAGUGUGUCGUUAUAACUGUCCCGAACCAAAAUGCGGGCAUGGACCUUCUCUUGCCGGCGAAUAUGGAUUACCUCCGCAAAUUGGCGGCAAUUCGUUGGCACAAGAAUAUCCAAGUGGCGAAUAUGGACCUCCCGCAGGCGAAUAUGGACCUCCUGUGUUGCCCGAUUAUGGAGCGCCUCAAGGUUAUCCCGAUCCAAGACAUCCUGCUGAUACUUCGGGUGCUUUUAGCGAAAACCAAGCUGAUGUUGUGCCUCCGCCGCAAGCUCAAACGCAAAAUGGAGGCAAUUCCGGCGAAAAUACGGGCGAAAAUGCAUCUCCUCAACCCCCGAUGAAGAAGAACAAGAACGAAAAACACGAAAAUGACAUCAUCAACAACGACGAUUUGCAUCUCGGACCUCCUCCGCCGCCAGGACAAUCGGGUUACAGCACCGUAAAACGCAAGGAUGAUCAUGUCGUCGAAGGUCCCAAUGGAAAUCUCGUCACGCUCGGAGGCAGACCUCGUUCUGUCGAAGGUUUGGAUGAUUUGCGUGGCAUCCGAAGACGUCGCGAAACCAUGGAUCUCGUUAUUACGCCACGCAUUUACAAGCGCGAAGCACAAGAGAUGACGGACGUCAAUACGAGCCGAACGAUUCAAGUUGUAGCGCCGGGUGACGUCAAUUUCGCCCUCAGCCCGAACCCCAGCAACGAAACUGUGAUCGUUCAAUCGGCACGAACUGUCGAUAGCGAGACUGUGUGUUUGUCGGUGCCUUCCUUCGUUGGCGGAUUAGUUAUGUUGUUGCUUGUGCUAGUCGUGGCAUCACUUAUUGCUGCUUUUCUCUUUGUACGUGUGAGGCAUUUUGAACGAAAAGGCACUGCUACGACCUUUGUUCAAGAAUUCCUGAAACAUAACUAA